AUGAGCAGCUCAGACGAAGAUGAUGGCGACUACGUCCCCGAAGCCGACGAGGAAGAGGACGGCGACGUCAUUGAAGCGGAUGAUACCGCAGAUAUGCAAGGAAGCGUCACAACGGACUCGCACCUGGAUGCACUGUGGGAUGACAUUAAUGCGUCUACUGCGGUGUCCAAGACGGCAGCGAACAAGACAGCAAAGUUACUGAGUGGGAUGACUAAGAAGACCAAGCCUAAGCGCUCAGCCGUCAAGAAGAAGAAGCGGAAACUACGCGAGUUCUCUUUUCCCAUACUUAGUGUGGACGUUAAGAAGUCCAGGAAAGACUUAACUAAGUUCGCAGCAUCCAACCAAAAGGUGGAGCGAGUGGUCAAAUUCGCUGGAAAGCAAUACAACGUAUCAACGAGUGCUGGUACUGUUAAAUCCGAGAAGAAAGGGCUGGAUAAGGUGUUGGAAUCACUCGAUGAGCCUAAAAAGGUGUCGACAAUGGAGAAAUCGUCGCUUGACUGGGACAAAUUCAAGGAGAAGGAAGGCAUCGAAGACGAACUCACACACUACACUAAAGAUGGGUACAUUGAGAAGCAGGAGUUCUUGCAGCGACUGGAUCUCAAACGCUUUGAGAUCGAGAAGGCUGAGCGUGAUAAGCAACGCAAACUCCAGCAGCAGCCACCGAAAUAA